AUCAUUGGUAUUGAAGUCGGAUACUUUGCCUUGAAUUGCAGUAGAAUUGUGCUUGGAAGGAUUGUUGAAGUCAUUGAAUCAUGGAUGAUCGUGACUGGACUUCGGAGAGGAGUGUCGACUCUGAUGCCCUCUCACCACUUCCACCCUUAGUGAUAUGGACCAGCAGAAGGUCAACUGCGUGUCCUCCAUGGCCGGAUACACAACAUCUCGGCACACCCUAUACAGCUCAUCACCACGUAGACGCCGUUGGUGGGAAUCAAGUAGAGACUACAGAAGCCUCCUUUGUCUAUUAUGCAAUUCAGCAUAUCUCAUUCAGUCCUUGCAACAUACCAUCAGUCACCACCAAUUUACCUCCAUGUUAUCCACCGCCGGACCUAACAUACAAGUUCAUGGACCCUCGACCGGAGUGUCAGAGGAAAAAAGAUACAAACCCUACUGAGCUUUCAGCAACAGCUGUCGAAAAUCCAUGUUCGAUUCCCAUGACAUCGGCAAUGGACAUUGAGCAACGAUCGCAAAACAGCGGUAACCAAACUGUUAACUAUCCUAUCUCAGUUUCAGAUCAUUACACAGGACACGGGCAAGUAGAAUAUUACUCGAAAUGUGGCGAUUACUCGAACACGUCUCCCGUAUUGGACCUUCACAGCAUUGGACAAGUUUUAGUAUCCCCCCAAGCGCUUAGCGUAUCUGAGGUUGCCAAACAUCACGAUUGUCAAACGCUCGACAAUCAGCAUACCUCCGAGUUGUGUUCUGAGACAGAUAGUCAACACUUAGAUGACUUUUAUCCACAUCAUUCGUCGCUCAGCGAGGAACCCGGUGUGUCACGUGAUCGGCAGCAUGAUAUGUGUGAUCGUGAACAUGCACAUUCUGGAGAAGACCCUCAUAAAUGUAAGCAUUGCGAUCAAUCGUUUUCUACGCAAUCUCGUCUAACAUCUCAUGAACGUACACACCCAGAAGAGAAAUCUUUCAAGUGUGAAGUGUGCGAUAACACCUUUAACUAUCGAAGUCAUCUGGUCUGUCAUGGACGAGUUCACUCAGGGGAGAAACCCUUUACGUGCAAGUACUGCCCUAGAUCGUUCAGUACGAGAUUCAGCCUCACUCGUCACGAAUUUGUCCAUAACGGGGAGAAGCCGUUUAAGUGUGAUCAUUGUGACCAAAGUUUUUGCGACCGUUCCAGCCUUAAAAGUCAUAAACAUACACAUACAGGAGAGAAGCCUUUCCAGUGUAAAGAAUGUAAUAAGGCAUUCAGACGACAAACACAUCUCAGAGAUCAUCAACGCAUCCAUACUGGAGUGAAACCGUUCAAGUGUAAAAUAUGUGGAAAUUCGUUCUCGUGGAAAUCCAAUCUAACAGUGCAUGAAAGAAUCCAUCCCUGAGAGAAACUGAUCAGCGAAUGUGACAAGUCUAUCAAUUGGAAUGAAACAGUUGGAGGACAAUACAAAAUUAUAGUAACACCAUCAAAAGAUUGCGUUUUUGCAAGGUUAUGGAAAAUGUUCAUUAUAGGUCCGUUUUGCAGUACCAGUUUCCCAAUCUGAACUCCAUGCAAAAGUCAUUGCUUGUUUGCUGGUUAUCUACAUUUGUAGCAUCACAAACAUUAUCGUGAUCAUUGUUUAAAAUUGAUAUUAUUGUACAGUUUCUAACCGUGUUACUCAAUGCACUUCAUACACGUAUUGCUGUAUCUACUACUUGUACUCAUAUAAAUAAACUCAGCUGCGCUAAACAUGCGGCUGAUAUUUGAUAAAGUCAAUACGUUUUCGGCAAUCAAUAUUUUUCCCAGCUCAUACCUGGUAUGGUUCCUUUCCCUAAAAGAGAUGCUGUGCUGUUUUGAAAUUCGCAUUUAAUGCUCUAUAUGUGAAGUAUUUGGUUGCUUUGUGUACUUUUUCCCCCUUUGUAUCGUCGUAAAGUCCCAUUCUAGUCCAUGUCAAAAUUCUUUUAAAAUCUUCUAAAGAAGUUAUAUCUCAAUAUUCUAUGAGUGCA